CACGCGCGUGCACCCAGCGCCGGCCUUUCUUUAUUCUAUGGUUCAGAGUCGGAACCGGUCGAACACGGAUUUUUGAAUACGCCGGCGCGCGCGACGAGCGUAUCGCCCGAGUCGUUUAAGAUGGAUCAGUGGGACUUUAAUUGCCCCAAAUAUGUCGACCUAACCUCUGGCGUUGACGAGGACCCCGAACAGCUUGAGGAGUACUUUGAUAUUGACCAUGAAGAGGAGCAAAACUUUAAAAGGAUCACUAGAAGUAUGUCUGCUGCACUCACAGCAAGUGGGGUCCCAGCUGGUGCUCAAGGGACUCGACGACAAGGUGCACAAUCCCCAGAGCAGUCAGCUGUUGAUAGAGUAACCAACAAAUUUGAGAAGCAACUGCAGGCAGAAGGACAUGCUGAAUGUAUUAAAAGGACGGCCUCUGAAGAACAUCUGUCUGAAGAUGAGCUGCAACCUGAACUUAAUGCCAAAUCUGUGUCUUCUACAGAGGUGAUUUCAAGUAUUUCAGCAAACACUGGAAAAGAGAAUGGAACACAGGAAAAUGCCCAGGUAUGCACCCAAGUGCCCAAGAAGACUACAUCACAGGUUGUUAAUAGCAAACAAAGGCACCCUCUACGAGUUCACAAUGACAUUGCCUCACCCUGCAACAUUGCCCUGAGCAAGCAAAAAGCUUCUGUGGUCCAAAAGCCUUCAACGUCUGUGAAGGUGCAAACUGUAUUAGUAAGGAAACGUCCAGCUCCAUCAGCAGUAGGGAAGAGUGCUGCUGGUCUGUCACUGAGAAAAGGGGUAGCCACUUCAGCAGUAAGCAAGCCUGCUGUUCCUACAGCAGUGAAGAAGUCUGUGCCUCCAUUAGUUGGGAAGAAGCAUGUAGUCCGUUUAUCAGCGAGACAGCAUGUACGUCCCUCAGCAAUUCGGAAGAGUGCUGCUGCUUCGUCAGUGCGGAAGGGUGCCAGUCCUGCAUUGAGAAAGUCUGCUGCUCCUCCAGCAGCACAGUGCCAAAGUUUGGCUGAAUUUGUGGGCAAAUUCCACAGCAAAACACCAACAAGGUUUCGACAGGUACCAAAGGACCCAGGUGGACAAUGCCAAGGCUUGGCAUUUAAAAAGCCCACAAUUCCUGUGACUCCAAAACUGGCUACACAGCUGCGAUCACGAACUGCUUCCUUGAGAGACCAAAAGCGAAAAGAGGAACAUGUCAACGUUUGUGCCAGCAAGCCAAAGAGGUCGAAGGUAGAGGCAGUGCAAGUCAACACAUGGGCAGCACCAGUGCCAAAACUGGCAUUGCAUGCCAUGAAGGCUGAACAGAACCCCUUGGCUUCAAAUCUUGCAUCAAAGCCACUGCAAACAAAGCUUGCCAGAACUGCAACAUCAAAGCAGGUAUCAAGAAGGGUAACAGUUGCCAAGUCUCCAGCAUUUGCACUCAAGUUACGAAGUGAAACAUGGAAGCAAAGAAAGCAAACGGAGAAAAGCACUUUGUACAUGGAAGAUAACCUAGUUCAGGAAAAAGAUGAACAAUCCUGUGGACAAGAAUUGAAAGAGGAGAAAAAUUUAAAGAAGGACAAAAGCAAAAGCAAGACUGGUGAAGCUGCUUUGCGGCAAAAGAGAGGAGCAAAUACCAAGCUGGAGGGCACCAAGAAGGAAGUUACCAAGAAUAAGAAGAAAAAAGAGCCAUGCAAGUCGCAGUCAAAGCCUGUACCCGGUCAGAGCCAAAAGUUUUGCCAAAGAAGCAAGUCUGCAGCGCCUGAGGGAAAAAAGCCAGUUGAGAAGCCCUCGAAAUCCACAGAGGUGGAAAAAAAGACAAGCCACUUCGUUGCCAGGCCUGCUCCUGAUCCUGCUCGUGUAUUCCGGCCAAGAAACAUAUCUGCGCCACCUACAAAGCCAAAGCCAUUCCGACUUGCAUCUGUUGAAAGACACCAAAAAAGCCUAGAAGGUUUCCGAAAGAAGAUGGAAGAAAUGGAGAUUGAACGAAUGAAGGCGGCAAAAUUUGUCGCGAGGCCUGCUCCGAGAUCCGUGAGAGCUCGUUCCAACAGCGUGGAUCCAGCUGGUGAUAAGGAGAGACCAGGCCCUUCAGGUCACAUCAGUAGACCACGGCGCCGUUGAAGUGAGAACACAUUUACCAGGAGCUGCUUUUGAAAGCUGUCCAUUGAUCAUUGCAGCACCUGCUUCAAGUAGCACUGGUCACAAGCAUCACCCAAAUCGGCGAGAUUGUUUCAUGUUUGACCUGGAAAAGCUAUGUGUUCCUAUGUGCAUUAAAAAAAAAGCUUUUUCUGCAUA